CACGUGGAAUUCCGGUAAAUUACUAAAAAGAGUAAAAAGAGCGUUCAUUGAGAAAGCAGCUUGGAGUUGCUCGAAGUAGCUUUGACAGUUAUUUGUUGACAAAAAAUACGAGCUAGUACAACCAACCCCGAGCAAGUUCGAUCAAAGUCAUUGAACACAGCUAAUCAGUUUGAACAAAAUUUGGCACAGUUCAAGAACAUCUGGUUAAAAACAUAUCACAUCGCACUAUAAAGGACGUGCUUUCAGUUCAAUCUUAAAAUACAUAACAGACUUCCCGGUAUUAUCAAGAAACCUACGGCACCAUGAUUGAUGUUGUUGGAAUAAUAUUUGCCCUGCUGGUAGCAGCUGGUGGAAUUUUUGGCUAUGUGAAAGCAGGAUCACUGCCCUCGUUGAUAGCGGGCGUAUCGUUCGGCAUACUGCUCGGAGUGGGGGCGUAUUUCAACUCGAUUCAGGAACCCAUUCCAUUGAUUCAAAUCAUCUUCCUAGUGCUGCUGGGUGGCCUCAUGGGAUUCCGGUGGAUUCGUACCGGGAACUUUAUGCCACCGGGAAUGAUUACCGUGCUGAGUGUGGCCGUCCUGGUGUGGACCUGUGUCAUCUAUCGGGACCACUUGCCAUUCGUGGCGAAAGCGGAUGUUACCGAUAAUGUUCCCAAGGCCGAAACCGUUACAAUGAUGCAGUGAGGCAACCAUAAUCUCAUGGAAUUACGAAUAAGACUAAUGUGUGUAACUGUACCAUAAGGAUUGAUUUUGUAACUAUAUUUACAAAUAAUACAUCUUUUAUUACUACAUAUUUGAUAAUGAUACAGAUACACAUCUUUAAAAAUGA